UCAGCUACGCAUACUUGAUGCCAACCCCACCAGUGGUGUACCUACCGUUGCAAUCAAACUGUGGCAAAAGAUGCUUCGAAAUCCCGACACUCUCAAAACAAUAUGGUAGACAAUAUAUGCUGCUUUGUCGACUCUUGAAGGUUCUCAGCGUUUCACUUUAUAUCAUAUCUGAGGUGGUGAGUGACUGUGAAGAGAGGAGCGUCUUCUUGAUGAACUCUAGCUUAUCAAUAAGCCACUAUCCGAAAUCUUACUUGAAGUGUAGGUGGUGUGAAACGCAUCUUCAGCUACAUCUACGAACAGAUUCCUCCUGUUCUCAAUAUCUUCUUGCAGAAUGUUACCCAUGAAGCUGUGACACAUACACAGCAUACCAAAAGAAAGCCUUUCAUAGUUUUGGUUAUUGUGUUUGAUUUGGAACACCAAGGUUGUAGUCUGUAAGAUUUCAGCGGUUAAUUUUGUACUUGCUUGGUCGUUAUGAAUUUUAGCUUUAUAUGAAGCCGUUAACAAUGGCUGAAAACCAAAUUUACUAGAGGGGAAACAGUCUAGUAUCAUUACGCAGGUAAUUUAAUUUAAUGCACC